AUGUCAAUCACGCGACGUUUGCUCAGCAAACCCUCUGCCACCGGCCUGGCUUCACGAGGGGGUGGCGGUCGCGCCAUCGGCCAGGCUCGAAAAGUUUGUUCGGGCGGUCCCUACUUCCUGGAGUACUUCCACGGAGAAGAUGGUGCCGAGGUGCACGCCUUCUUUGAGGUGGAUGGUGAGUUUUACCAUGCCAUCAAUCCUGAGAGCACCUCUGUGUACCUUUUCAAGAAGCUUCAGGUGCUGCAGAGAAUUCCCACGGGUGAGACCUCCGAUGAGGAAUGGUUCGACAUGCCUGAUGUCACCUGCAGCUGCUAA